GGUGAAUCGGAUUGUUGAUAUGGUAUAGUUUGAUAGGGGUUCGUGGAAAGUGACAGUUGAGUUCGAGUAAUUGAUGUGUCCCUUGCUUGGGAGUCUGUGCUUGUGUGCUUAAAAUAGAUAGUAUGGGGGAUGUUGUGUGUAUUGGUUGAUCAGGAGGGUUUGUGGUUUGUGGUUAGUUAUUGGUUGAGAAUUGUUCCAUUGUAUGUUCUGUUUCUUGUGAUUGUUGGAUCUGGCUAUCUGUCUUGCUUGGAUGUAGUGUCGUGUGACAUGUUAGUAUGGCCACGGAGGACGGAUGGCUGACGCCAUGGCUGUUCAGGAAUGUGUGGGGGAAUAGUUCGAAUAGUUACAUUGCAGUCUAUUCGAACAGCAUAAAACAAACUUGAUAUCUGUU